AUGCCUCAAGCUGGACCAAGCACUCGGAAACGACCUGGCGACGACUCGCUCUCCCCCCCAGUCCGCAAACACGCACGGUUGUCGAUGGGCAGCUCCGAAAGUGGCACUCUAGGGGAUCGCUGGAGGACACAUGUCCAAACUGGCUGGGUUUUCGCCGUUAACACUGUUGAGCUCGUUCGCGACACUAUUUUCCCCCAGCCCUCGCUACCUACGCAUGUUUCCAGGGCUGCGUCUACCCAUUCUUCUAUGUCGUCCGCUGCUGCUCCCCCAUCCACUUCUGCUCCUUCAACUUCCAGUCCUACCGAUGCCGAAACUGAGACUACACCGAGCCAAACACCAGUGCUGAAACCCAGCCCGUCUAUUGGGUGGCCUUCGACGUCAGUGACCAAGUCGUACUACCCCCAAGUGGACAGAGAGCUCCAGAAGAAACUGUGGCUGAAACAACACCGUCCCAAGAGGAGGAAACACAUUUUUGAGGACCAGCAUAAGGCCAAGGUGGAAGCGACAAAAGCUGUAAGACGGGAGGACACCCUGAAGCAGAUCUAUGUUCUCCAGAAAGAGAAAGGCUACAGCGCCGAUUUUCCGACUUUCAGAGGGCUCAUGAGGAAGCAGUUGCAGAUACAACGAUAUAUGGAGUCAACCAGGGUGUUUCCAAGAGAUGGCAAGAGAAGCGAAUCAGUUGAGGUGGACGAUAGCGCAUUUCUGCGGAGAAUAUUAGAAAAAGCACGGGCUACUCUUAACGAACCUCGGCCUCCUCCGCCCCACACACCUCAUAUGAAGGAAGUGCGGUACCGUCGUCAAAUCAAGGACAUUGAGCUUGAGAAGAGGCUUCGUGCACCAACGCUCCCAUCUAGUCUACCUUCAGAUGCAGAUGCUCAGGUCGACGCUUUAUUGAAAAAAUCGGGCGUUAUCUCUAAGUAUGCGCGAGAGCAAGUUGCAAGCCAGGACAUUGCGCGGCUCAAGCCUGCCCUUUGGCUCAAUGACGAGAUCAUCAACUUUUAUGGAGCUCUUGUUUUGGGUCGAUCUGAGGGGGCGAAAGAGAAUUCUCCAAAUGGGCCCAAGAACGUGUUGGCUGUUCACUACUUCAGUACCUUCUUCUGGCCUAAGCUUGUGAAGGAGGGUUAUGAGAAGGGGCGGCUUUCAAAGUGGACCAAAAAAUUGGAUCUUUUCAGCAAAGAUGUCAUCCUAAUUCCAGUCAACCACGCCAAUUUGCACUGGACCGCCGCUGCCAUCAACUUCAGACAAAAGCGAAUCGAGUCGUAUGACAGCCUUGGUGACGACCGUCCGUCUGUUUAUAAGCAUCUGCGGGAAUAUGUUGACCAAGAGCACCGCAAUAAGAAGAAAGCCCCAUUCGACUUUACAGGUUGGGUGGAUUAUACGUCUCCGGAUAUACCCCAGCAAGAAAACGGUUAUGACUGCGGUGUCUUCACUUGUCAAUUCUUGGAAUCGCUUUCUCGAGGGGCAGAGCCAUUCAAUUUCUCGCAAAAAGACAUCCCGUAUCUACGACGCAGAAUGAUUUGGGAAAUUGGAAACGCGACUUUGCGGACCGAGUAUUAG